AUGGCGAGAUCCAAUGAAGAGAGGAAUAUUAUUAUGAAUCAGUUUAGAUUACAACAAGAAAUGCAUCGAACGAGGAUGCAACAACUUGACGAUGAGGAAGCUGAAGUUCUCUUAAAAGUUGGGACCAUCCAGCCAUUGGGCAUCGAAGUUUGGGGAUUGGAAAUAAACAUCAUCAGUGAGACUGGUCUUCCCAACUCAGUAUACCACAAUGAAAAGGAAAGCCCCACUGGUCAGAUAUAUAGGCCAUAUGUGUUUAUGAAAACACAUAGAGCCACCCCAGAUGAUGAUCCCUCGUCUUCUAAAUCACAGGCAGCUACAAAACUUGCACUAGUGAAGGAGACAUAUGAUAAAAAUCCUUCAGCACAAAAGUGUUUGGGAACUGACGCUGUCACCGAGAUAUAUGGCGUUGAUCAAAAGGGAUACUUACGCGGAAUGGGUGCUGGUAUUUCUAAAUCUCAGUUUCUUGCUGCUGAGUUUAUGAAGGACAAGUUGCAGGAAGUGAGGAACAAGUUACGGAAAGAGAUGAAGAAAAACGAAGCUUUGAAAGCGCAGUUGGAUGCUGAAAGACAGAAAAACAUCACUGCAGUACAUUGUCAGAUCUAUGAUAGCUCUUAUCAACAGGGUAUUGGGAUCCCUUCGUCCUUUCCUUCGUCGUUUGGUCUUUGCUGUUUGAGGAACUUCAGAAAAAAGGUUGUUGGACUUGCAUAUGUUGAUACUAAGCUACUGAUUGAUGACCACUACGACUGCAUGAUUGAGGAAAUUAUUGUUCCAAAUGCGAUGUUGUGCGAUGGAGAUGAUGAUGCUGUACUUGGGAAUGUUAAAAGAAGCGAGUUUGUUAAGUGGCCCAAGGCCUAUGUGACUACUGUAGGAGAGCCAUCAAGUUAGAAUGGUGGUGAGAGUAGAUU